UGUAAGUUAUAAAUUAGUUAUAACGUAUAUUUUACAUAAGCACUUAUUUAAAUAUUUUUUUUUAUUUCGGGUAUUUUCAUACUACGUUUUAAGUAAGUAUGAAUAGUAAUUUAAAUUCAAAGCCUUCAGAUCUUAUGGACGAAGGAUCUUCAUUGACCAAUGAUGAUUAUUCUUUUGGUGACCCUAACGAAGGACUUGAGUUGAAUAAACGUUCAAAAUUCAUAAAUGCAUUAGAGGUUUCACAUUUAAAAGAGUUAAAAAUGUAUUUUUUUCAUUACGAUAACAAAGAACAUCCAUUAAACAAAGCCGAUUUUGUUGCAGCAAUAUGUUCAGUGAUUGGGAAUAGUUCAUACGUACACGAAGCCGAAAACUUUUUCGAACAAAUGUGUGUUGAAGAUUUUCACACAAAAAAUGAUGUAAUUCUUUGGAAACAAAUUUUAAAUGAAAUUCGAUACAGUACAUCUUUUUUUGAAGAAGUUUGGGACGUAUUACCUUUCGACCAAACAAAUAUAAUCAUGCAUUUAAUGUCACACUGUAAACACGAGUCCAUAGUCAAAGUGAUUAGCAUAGAAACUGAAGAAUUUUUUUGCUACACUGUUUUCUCUCGAUUGGGCCAAGUAGGCAUCUACGAUGGUCAUCUAAACUUAUUAAGGCACUACGCAUUGCAACUAUCUCAAUGCCCCGGUGACCCAGUACGGACAACCCAUCGGCGACGUAAUAUUUGGAUUAAUGAUGCUGUAUACAUGCCAGAUGCCCAAUUCAUAACUAUUGCAGCAUCCGAUGGUUCCAUUCAUUUCGUGGAUACCGUUUGUCUUGUUCACGUGCCAACUUUUUGUAUAAGAGGUUUAAAAACCACGCCGAUUUGUUUAGAAUAUUGUGUCGGUAAUUCUUCACUUUUAUUUAUUGGUGACGAUAAAGGCAGCAUGGCUCACAUACAAUUUCUUCAACCGAAACGAUCGUUAUUCAAACGAGAUCCAACGAAUAAAGUUGACACUUAUUUGUGGAAAGAAUUAGAAUCUCAACAAGAAUGGGUCAAAGUAUAUUCAUGUAGUAUUCCAAUUCACCCAGAUAGUAUAAAAUGUAUUAUUUACUGUCAAUCAGAUGAAGCUUCUAUAAGUUGUUGUCAAGAUAACAAAAAAUCUCUAGUUAUCAAACAUAUAAGAGAUGAAUGGGACCCAUAUAUAUUUCACAUUCGUCAUGGUGUUCAAUGUUUUCGUUACAACGCAACUCUCAAAUUAUUAGUGACUGGAAGUUCAUGUGUAGUUUACAUUUGGAAUCCAGUGUUAACAAAAAUGUACCUUGCUAAGUUAGAGGGACAUAAAAAAACGGUUAUAGAUGUCCGAAUUUUUGAACAUUUAAAUCUUGUAAUUAGCAUUUCAAAAGAUGAAGUAUUAAAAGUAUGGAGUUUAAAUACCUACGUUUGUUUACAAACAAUUCAAUUUGAUUUUCCCGUCUAUAAUGUACUCGGGAAAUCAGUUGAAUUUAGUAUUCAAACAUUUUAUCCAGGACCAAUCAUAAAAAAACCACCUGAAGAACAAGCUUCAUUAAAAUCUAUUGAUGCAAGUAACAUAACAAGUGUACCAACAAGUGUUUACAUGCCUAAAGAAAACUGGGAGUCUGAAGUAUUGUUAAUUGUUUGCUCUAACUAUAUAGCAACAUUAAAACAAAAUGUAAAGAACAUUUCUCAGAAUCAUUCUCCUCUACCACCUCCAAUAGAAAAUAAAAAACCAGCACUUCCAUCAGAAUGGAGUUUAAGUGAUACCGAUCAAAUAUCUACUGAUGAAAUUGAUAGCAUAUUUAUAGAAUCACCUAAAAUAGAAAAUCAAAAAAUUAAAAAUUUGUUUAUAAAAUCAAGACCUCCAUUAGAUCAUGAAGCUUUUAAUUUGGAAACAUAUAAAAAACCGGUUAAUACUAGAAUGAAAAACCAUGUAGACGAAAUGGUGAAGAAUGGUACACCUUACUUAGCAAUGCGUUUAAGUCCUGUAUAUAGAUUAGAAUUUUCUAAGAAUCUUAUAUUAAGUGAAGAGACAAAAUCUAAGUUUCCUUUAAUGGAAAAAAUGGAUGAGAUAUUUUGUGAUGGGAUUGCAUAUGAUACAAAAAUCAAUUUACUUGAAAAGGAAGAAAAUAAAGAAACCUCUAUAAAUAUAACAAAUUUAAUGGAAAUAAUUAACCAGUUAGAAUUGGAUGACGAUGAUGAUAACAUUGAAAGUAUUAUAUGCAAAUAUAUUUAA